AAGAAAGUAGAUACAUUGAUUGUUUCCUAGGCACUGUUACGAUUACUCCGAUCAUUACCUUGUCCAGAUAAAUCCAAAUUUUAUCCUUUAUUUUCUUUUUCUAUCUAUCUUUAUUCUUAUUGAUUGCUUGUUCUUUUUUUAUAAAUAGUAAGAAAUAUAUUAGAAAUUUAAGUACGAAGAAGAAAUGGCAGUCGUCAAGGCAACGACUUGUAAAGAAGCUAUACGACGUUGGGAGGAAGAAAAUAAGCAGGAUCCUGCGACUGCAAAAGAAGUUGUUCUAAGCUUUCAAUGGCUUCCUAUCGAAAAGAUGGAUAAUUCUUUGGCGUGUUUAACCGGAUGUGAAAAAUUAUCUUUGUCGACGAAUAUGAUCGAAAAGAUAACAGGAAUUGGUACGUUGAAAAACUUAAAGAUCUUGUCGCUGAGUCGUAAUGUGGUGAAAAGCUUUUCAGGUCUCGAACCACUUGGUGAUACUUUAGAAGAACUUUGGAUUUCCUACAAUUAUAUCGAAAAAAUGAAGGGAAUCAGCGCAAUGAGAAAUCUUCGAGCAUUGUAUAUGUCUAAUAAUUUGGUGAGAGAUUGGCUCGAAUUUAGCAGAUUGCAAGAACUUACAAAUAUUCGAGAUCUAUCUUUUGUUGGAAAUCCAUUGUACGAUAGUCUUGAGAUAGAUCAAUGGAGACUGGAAGUUGCCCGACGUCUUCCUCAUCUGGAAAAAUUAGAUGGUGAACCAAUUAUACGAACCGAAGACAAUACAUGCAUUAAUCAGACAAUGUUAAUUAAGAACGACGGUUCCUCUUCAAAUUCGAAAAUUCCUGAAGAAAUGCCAUAGCUUAUUAUUACUAUUAUAUUUCUUUCUUCCUUUUUUAUUGUUGUUGGUCAAUAGAUACUAAUAUUUAUACAUAUAUAUCAUUUAUUUGUCUCACGAUACAAGAUAGAUUGUACAUACGUUUUGGUGGUCUGAAAAAGCAAAAUAUACUAGAAGUUCGAUUGGA